ACCAAUCACAGAGCUUCGCGCCAGAAUCCUUCCCAUUAUGACAACAAAAGUGAAAAACAUUCGUCUGUAAUAUAAUUAUUGACCGAAUACUCAAUGAAAAGGCCGUAAAGCAUAACAAAAAUUAAGAGAGAAGCAGUGUUAAUUACGUAUCCUGAGAUGCAAGGCGAGAGCAGAAGAUUUUCUUGGCAGUAAAGAACAAUAAUCAUCUAAAACAAGAACGAUUUGUCUAUUUAUGUCGUCCUGAGGAAGAAAAGUUUGUUUUUAUUUUCUCAUCAUGUCUCUCAAGAGUCAUAUCACCAAUGUAUUUAAGAUGCACGGUCUGGCCAUCCGAAGUGAUGGAGCCAAGUACCUGUGUGAACUUCUGGAGCCGCUUCCAAAAGACGAACACGAAGAAUGGAUUGAAAAAGUUGUGGAGGCCGUUCAAAAGCUACCCAUUAACUCCACAAUGAUAUCAAAGGAUGCUAUUCACAAGGCUGCUCAGGAUGUUAGUGCAUCAGAAAAUGAUGAUAUGGAAAACCUUCUUCAAAUUAUUGACAUCUUUAAAGUUCCAAAAUUAAUGUACCAUAUUGAGCGAAGAAAAUUCAUGCUAGCACCCACUGUUGCAAGGAAUCUUCAUGGGGAUGCACCAGAUAAGGCCACUCUCUUAGAGACAGAUAAUACAAUUGAUAUGAUCCAUUUUUAUUUUUAUCUUGUAAAGAGGAGUACUUUGUACACCAUGGUAUAUCAGCGAACAUGCAACCACGAGCUUUUUCGCCGUCCUGCUGUGGGUGCCAAUGAAGAUAAGAGAUUUGGUCUGAUGAAGGUUGAGUUCCUGUUAGGAUCAAGCAGUCGGCAGGAUGAUGUAGUGGUAUUAGGCCUGUUAACUCAGCUAGUGGAGGGCCAGCAUCAUUUGGAGGAUGACACAGGAGCUGUAACUCUUAACCUAACUAAUUCCAAGUUUCACACAGGUUUGUUUACUCAAAACUGUUUUGUCCUGGUGGAGGGUUGGUAUGAAGAUGGUGUCCUACAUGCCAAUGCUGUGGGCCUCCCUCCUCCUGAAACACCAAACUCAACGAGAGCACUUUUAGGGAAUGUGAACUACUUUGGAGGCCAAGGAAAUGUUUGUGCAAAAAACGUUCUCAAGCUACAGCAAGCUGAACAGGAGAACCAAGAGUCUAUGUUUGUGGUGAUGUCAGAUGUAUGGUUGGAUAAGAUAAAGGUAAUGGAGAAGUUGAGAACACUUUUCACUGGCUAUGCACAGUUUCCACCAACAGCAUUCAUAUUUUGUGGUAACUUCUUGUCAGCUUGCCACGGAUCUCAGCAGGCUGCAGAUGUCCGUCAAGCACUGUCUGCAUUGGGUGACCUUAUUGCUGAAUUCCCAGAUUUGCAGACCAAUUCGAAGUUUAUUUUUGUUCCUGGACCGAGUGACCCUGGCCCAAGUAACAUAUUCCCAAGGCCUCCCUUACCUAAGUAUGUAACAGAUGGUAUCAGACGGAAAGUUUCAAAUGCAGAAUUUGUGAGCAAUCCAUGCCGCCUCCUGUACUGCACACAAGAGAUUGUUAUCUUCCGAGAGAACAUUGUAGCUAAAAUGUGCCGCAACUGUGUGUACUUUCCAAAUAACUCUGAUGAUAUUCCUGCUCAUUUUGCAAAGACUAUGAUCUGCCAAGCAAAUCUUGCUCCAUUACCUCUUCAUGUCCUGCCUGUAUACUGGGGACUAGACCACUGCCUUGCCUUGCAUCCCACUCCAGACCUCAUCAUUACAGCUGAUAAGGGAGAUGCCUUCACUACAGUACAAAAUCAGUGCAUUGUUAUGAAUCCAGGUUCAUUUUCAAAGACAGACUUCUCCUUCAAGGUAUACAUGCCAGCUUCCAGACAAGUGGAGGACAGCCAAAUUGGAGAUGAGGAUAUGUAGGAAAUCCUCCUCUUAAUUUUAAGAAAUGUUUAUAUCAUUAAUUGUAGAAGAAAUUGUAUAUUUAAAUAAAUACUGGAAAUUAAGAAAAAAAAUCAAGAAUCUUUUUUUCAAUGUGUGACUGUAAGUGCAAAUAUUACUGGGCUGAUGUGUUUUGUAACAUGAACUUGAAUGUAGAUGAGCACAAACUCAGAAAUGGGUAAGAAAGAGAUUAAAUUCAGCACAACCAAUUGUAAGAGAAACACCAAAACAGAUUUUGAGUCAGAGUUUAAGUGGAUAAAACAUAAAGGAGGGCAGUUCCAAAACUUAGAAGAAAUAAAGGGGAAUUCAAAAUAUAUCUAACAUUCAAUAAUUUCCCAUAGUUGUCCAUCAUCUCCAGAAGUGACCAAAAUAGGAAUUACAGAGUAAGGGACAGAAGGCUCAGUUGUAAUAAAAGAAUAAAAAAUAAAUGGACAAAAUGACUAAAUCCCACAUUAUUAAUCAUACGUAACUGUAGCUAUUCACAUUAAUCGGUUUCCUCCAAACAGUAUUCAAGAUAAUAUUACCAAUCCAAGAAAUGUUUGAAAUUCACAAAUACUACAGAUAGAUAGAACCAAGUGGUGGAAAAUGCAUGAGUCCUAGAACCUUUCUUGUGCUUUGUAUUACUGAACUGUUACCUUUGUGAUUUUCAUUGAAUGACAAAAACUAUUGGUGAGCUUUUCAACCAUAAACAUUAGUUUAAGAGUUCACAGAUC